UCAAUCUGUUCAUUCUUAUAUAGUCCGCGAUCAUCUCACUUCACCAUAGCGACGAGCACGUGCCCUGCGAUCGACUAAACAAAUUAUUAUACGACAGAUUGGCGGGGAGCUCGACCUACGAAGCGGGGUGUUAAGUCGUGCAUUACUCUGUCCCACGGUGCAGGCACGGCUAGCAUCGAAGGGUUAGAUCACCCUCGUGGUCUACGCGUAUACAUAGCCUCCAAGAUGUCUGGGCCCGUGCCUACGGUGACUGCUUUAAGCGACAUCUAUACAACACAAGCUCUAGCAGACCAAGGGGUACGAUGGAAUAAUCUGCUCGAGAAGUUCCAGGCGCGCUAUGGCAGUCCUGCGCAAUUCGUCGCUCGUUCGCCGGGCCGUGUGAACAUCAUCGGCGAGCAUAUUGACUAUUCCCUCUACUCGUGCCUGCCUAUGGCCAUCAUCCCGGAUGUCAUCAUCGCUGUUUCGACUGAUGAAGCCCCAUCUGACGAAGGGACAUUCAACAUCAAGAUCGCGAACGUGGAUGAUCGGCGGUUCCCGGCGCGAGAAUUCGAUAUCCCUCACUCGGAAGUUGAGAUUGACGCAACGAAACACGAGUGGACCAAUUACUUGAAGUCCGGGUUGAGGGGCGCCUUGGAGCUCUUGCGGAAAAAGCAUGGCCCUGACUUCAAGCCUAAAAGCAUGCAGAUGCUCAUGGACGGGACAGUGCCUGCGGGUGGAGGUCUGAGUUCAAGUGCCGCCUUCGUCAGUACUAGUGCGCUGGCUGUCAUGGUUGCGAAUGGUGAGAGCGACGUUAGCAAAAAGGACCUAACUGAGGUCGCCAUUGUCAGUGAGCGCGCCGUUGGUGUCAAUUCGGGAGGAAUGGAUCAGUCUGCAUCAGUUUUCUCUGAACGAGGAUCUGCCUUGCUGGUAUCCUUCGUGCCCACAUUGUCAGCGCGACCUGUGUUCUUCCCCAAAACGAACCCUGAGCUGUGUUUCAUGAUUGCUCAGUCUUUCGUCACCUCUAACAAGCAAGUCACUGGGCCCAUCCACUAUAAUCUACGGGUUGUGGAGUGUAGCAUGGCUGCGGCUUACCUCAAUGCCAAGCUUUGCCCGGCGGGCACUGAGCUUCCGAAAGAUGCUGGUCCUCUAGGCGUGUCAAUUCGUGGCUUCCAUGAUAAUUACUUCAAGGGCACACAGAAGUCGAUGACUCAACAACUCGAGGAGUUGAUUGAGUUGACCAAGAGUACUCUGACCCAAGAGCAAGGAUACACCGUUGAGGAUGUUGCUUCUGCUCUGAGUAUCUCGGUUGAUGACUUGAAAGGUCGUUUUAUGUCGAGCUUUCCUGUUCGAGGGGAAUAUUUCAAGCUCCGUCAGCGAGCUCUGCAUGUGUUUACCGAGGCGUUACGAGUUCUUCGAUUCUUAUCACUUCUCGAAGAUCCCGCUGAAGCCCCCUCCCCCGACAAUACAGCCCAGUUCAAUCAACGGCUUGGCAAUCUGAUGAAUGAAACUCAGGACUCAUGCCGUGAAGUGUAUGAGUGUAGCUGUCCUGAGAUUGACGAUAUAUGCCGCAUCGCCCGCGAGGCUGGCAGCUACGGGAGCCGGUUGACUGGCGCUGGUUGGGGUGGUUGUAGCGUUCAUCUUGUGCCAGCGGACAAGGUAGACGAUAUCAAGGCGGCGUUGGUAGAGAAGUACUUUUCUAAACGACAAAUAUCGGAGAAAGACAUGGAGGAUGCGAUUGUUGUUAGUCGGCCUAUGAAUGGGAGUGCCAUUUACAAACAUGACGGUGGAAAGGUUUGAAUGAAACCUGGGCUACCACAACUCAACCUAGACUUUGAAGUAGCUGGGCUAUAGGCUAGUAGAGAUUCUAGGCCUAAGAUUAUGAGUAAUACUAGUACCAACAUAUUACUUAGUACUGCAUCAUAUGUAGUCGCGUAUUUGACUAGCAGUCGUUCAGCUUAUCAUUUGUUUAUUGCCUAUAAUGACCCCAUUGAUCUAAAACAUU